AUCAUUACCAGCUUGGCUGUCCAGAUUUCUGGGGUCAGUUUUGCUAUAAGUAGCCCAAGCUCUACAAACGGCAAAUACCUGCUUGAAGUAUAUCGGCCCAUCCGGAUAGCCCGAUUCACAUACGCAAACCCUCAUGAAAUGCACCUUACCCUUUAACAUUCAAGGUUUGUUUUAAAGUAGCUUUAUGCUUCAAAUGCCACCAGGAAAAAUUCCGGAUAUCAAACCCCCAAAUUCAACCGGUGAUAGCAGCGGCAACUGGAUUUCCCGUGAGGCCCGCCUCUCGGGCCAGCAAUGCCCCGAGGGCUCGGGGUUUCCCCUCGUCUCUCCGAUUGAAAAGGUCGCGAGCCCCCCAGGAAUUCCCCGGAUUCUUCUUUUUUUUCUUCUCCUAUUCACUCCUACCUCUUCUCUUGAGAUAUUUGCUGUUUGCAUUGUUCUCUUUUGUAUAGCAUAUCACCAUGGGUUCUCUCUCUGAAUUCCCCCGCAUUAAGGCUAUCCGUACCUUCGUCAUUGACGGAGUCGGCUCUGGUGGUGACUAUCACAAUGUCAAGGGCGGUCACUGGCUGAUCGACAGCAACAUUUCCACCCCCAUGACCAAGUGGGCAGAGUACCGUGGCUCGCGGACAUCCUGGGGUAUCAACGUGUUGGGCUCAUUCUGCGUCGAGAUUGAGGCUACCGAUGGAACAAAGGGCUUCGCGACUGGUUUCGGUGGUCCUCCUGCCUGCUGGCUCACCCACCAGCACUUUGAGCGUUUCCUGAUUGGCGCUGACCCCCGCGAUACGAACAACCUGUUUGAGAAGAUGUACCGGGCGUCCAUGUUCUACGGCCGCAAGGGUCUGCCAGUCGCGGUUAUCUCAGUCAUCGAUUUGGCGCUGUGGGAUCUGCAGGGCAAGAUUCGCAAGGAGCCCGUUUACAAGCUCAUCGGAGGUGCUACUCGGGAGCGUCUGCACUUCUACUGCACUGGACCCCAGCCCGCCUCCGCCAAGAGUGCUGGCUUCAUCGGCGCCAAGGUUGCCCUGCCCCAUGGUCCGGAUGAGGGCACCGAGGGUCUGCUCAAGAACGUCGAGUACCUGCGUCUGCAGCGCGCCAGCGUGGGACCUGACUUCCCUCUCCGUGUUGACUGCUACAUGUCUCUGACUGUGCCAUAUACCAUUCAGCUGGUCAAGCGCUGCGAGGCUCUGGGUCUGGAUAUUGAUUGGUGGGAGGAGUGCUUGUCCCCCGAUGACUUCGACGGCCACGCUCUGCUGAAGCGUGCCCACCCGACCGUGAAGUUCACCACUGGUGAGCACGAGUACUCUCGCUAUGGCUUCCGCAAGCUGGUCGAGGGCCGUAACUUGGAUAUCAUCCAGCCCGACGUGAUGUGGGUUGGUGGUAUGACCGAACUCCUCAAGGUCUCUGCUCUGGCCGCUGCCUACGAUAUCCCCGUUGUUCCUCACGCCUCCGGUCCUUACUCCUACCACUUCGUCGUCUCCCAAUCCAACAGCCCUUUCCAGGAAUACCUGGCCAACUCUGCCGAUGGCAAGACCGUGGAACCCGUCUUCGGCAACCUCUUCAUCAACGAGCCCAUCCCUGUCAACGGAUACCUAGAUGUCUCCAUUUUGGAUAAGCCCGGAUUCGGUCUGGAGCUUAACCCCAAUGCCCCCCUGAUCCCUGCUUCUGCUCUUCUUACUCCUGCGCCUCAAAAGAGCCUACGUGCUCCGGAUGACCAGGCCACCAACGGCGCGGUCGAGGGACAUUAAGCUUUGAUUUGGCACGUAAAUUUUUGUAGCUUUUGAUGUUUUGUUUCUCACGUUUCUUACUUCCAUGAUGACCCAUUCCUAUGUUGCACGAUGAUGUUCUGUACAUAAAUAGCAUCGAUGAUUCAAUCAAAUAGACUGAAAUGUUCCAAGGAUGACA